AUGGGGGCCCUCCCGUGGCUGCUCCUGCUCUUGCUGCUGCGUGCAGCCGAAGGGUAUUCUGGAGAUGAUGUGGAUGCAGAGGAAGUAGUUGGGGUCCUUCAGGAGUCCAUCAGCCUCCCCGUGGAGAUACCGGCCGAUGAGGAGGUCGAGAACAUCAUCUGGUCCUCCUCGGCGAGCCUUGCCGUGGUGAUUCCGGGCAGAGAGGGACAGCCGACCAAAAUCGUGCUGACCAACCCUCGAUACCAGCGCCGGGUGAGCCUGGUGGGCCCCGACUACUCCCUGUGCAUCAGCAAUCUGAGCUGGGAGGACUCGGGGCUCUACUACGCUCAGGUCAACCUGAGGACAUCGCAGGCAUCCUCCAUGCAGCGGUACAGCCUGCGCGUCUACCGACGGCUGUCGGAGCCUCAUGUCUCCGUGAACUUUGAGAUGGCUGCGGAAGAGAGCUGCAAUCUCUCUCUGGCGUGCUCCGUGGAGGAGGCAGGCCAGGACGUGACCUACAGCUGGAUAUCCCGGGACAAUUGCAGGGACACCGUGCACGAGGGCUCUGCCCUCAGCACCUCCUGGAGGCCUGGGGACAGUGUCCCCUCCUACACCUGUAGGGCCACCAACCCCGUCAGCACCAUCUACUCUCAACCCAUCCCCGCCAGGUCCUUCUGCACAGAUCCCCACUUCCCUGAGGAGACGUCGACUUACUCCUGCCUCUUGGCCAAGGGGCUGCUGCUCCUCUUGCUCUUCGCGAUUCUGGGCGCGGGGCUCUGGUGCGUCCGAGCCCAGAGAGGAUGCCAAACGCCCAGGACCAGGAAACUCGAGAGAAACAGACUCAGACUGAGAAGGAAGGAGCAGCCCAGCCCCAGCCUGGCCUGAGCGCCCCUGGGGCCCCUGGCCUGAGCAUCGCUUCUCCCCACCUGCCCCCCCAGGCCUCCCCCCUGACUCGGGGGCUUCUCCUCCCAGGGGGCCGAGGGGCGGGUGUCCAAAGGCCAUACCCCCCACCCGGGGUGGGGGCGGGAGAGGCUUCUUUGGCAAUAAAGUCAAAUUAGGUGAGCACCGCU